AUGAUCUCCAGUCGUAGCGUGGGAUUCCAGUUCGUGGAGAAGAGCGAUCCGUUGUCUUCAGUAUGGGAACCACAGGAACGACGGCUUUGGAAAAUCGUAAAGGUGCUGAAAGAUUCCCUGUCCUACAGUGAAACCAGGAGUCUAACGGCCGAGCGAAAAGUCAAGAAGCUGGGCGAGUGUGCCGACUUCAACAACUACAUGGUAUACAUCUUGACAGCACUGGAGUUCCAGUACGAAGCUGCACCAAAAAGAGGCGAGCUUGUUCUGAGGAAAUAUGCGAGUGCACGCUCUGGCGCGUUACCUUUGCGUGUGACAGUCCAUGACCCCCUGGUUUUGAUUACGGCUGCUCUGGGCUACUUCAUCAUGACUCAAUCGGAGAUUGACCUCACACAAUGGCCCGAACUGCUUCCGCGGCUCGGCGAGCUUCUAGACCUGCAGGACGACAGAAUCUGCCACGACACUUUGGCAGCGCUACACAAGAUCUGCCGAAACUUUGUUCACGUGAUGAAUGCACAUCAACCCCACGAUCAGCUCACUGUUCUUGUACCCAAAUGCCUGCGCUUCAUCCAACACCGCCACCCCGGGGUCCGGUACAACGCCGUUGCUUUCAUCGGCCUGUUAUUUCUCAAAGGCAUACAGGCCGCGAUGCCCCAGGCGGACGCCUUCGUAAGACGCCUGUUGAUGUUGGGGUUCGACAAAGACUGCAAAGUACACAAGCAAGUGUGCCAUGUUCUGGCCAUACUCCUGGCAUAUCACGUCGAUCGCCUCGUUCCUUAUAUGUUCAGAAUUGUCGAGUACGUCAUGAUCAGGAUGAAAGACAGGAACGAAGACGUUGCUCUGAAGGCACGUGCGGCAUUGGCCUUUAUGGCGAAGCCCAUCUGCAAGGAGGCAUUAACUCCUCACUUCUCGAAUCUUGUCCACAAUCUGGUUCAAGGAACAAAAUGCUCUUACUCUGCUACAGAACGACUGGAGGAAGAAGAACCAGGUACCCCGCGAAGGCUUGGCUCGACGCGGGAAACAAGAGACGACGUAAACUUCGGACUUUUUGUGCCGAAGAAAGACAAUGUCUUCUCCGAAGAGAACAUGAGAUCUCGCUCAGCGUUUGCACUGAGGGCGAUAUCUAGGGUAUUCAACGAGGAACUCCUCACCCUGCUGUUGCCUAGGCUUAGGCAGAUGCUGCAGGACAAGGAUUGGGUGAUUAUGGAAUCAGGCAUUUUUGUCCUUGGGGUUAUCGCUGAAGGCUGCAUGGAAGACAUGGACCUGUAUCUUCCAGACCUUAUCUUGUUCCUUAUCCCCAUCAGAAGUGACAGGGCCGCUGUGCGGUGCACCGCCUGCUGGACGCUCAGCCGCUAUUACCCCUGGGUGUUGACGAAGCCGCAGCAUUUGUACUUGAGUCCACUGGUAAGACAACUGCUGAAGUGGGUACUGGACGACAACGAAAUGGUCCAAGAGGUUGCCUGCAAUGCCCUCAUGACCCUAGAAGAGAAGGCAAAAACAAGCAUCGUGCCGUACGUCGACUCCAUUCUGAACACCCUUCAUAUAGGUCUCAUCAAGUACAGACGCAGUCGUUUUUAUAUGCUGUACAAUGCGAUAGAAAUUUUGGCAGACUCUGAUGCCACGCCGUGUCACCCCAUCAUCUGCGUCCUUUUCAGUGGCGGGUGGUCCUGGGGCUCGGCCGCUGAGUACUCGAGCUUGGCAAUGCCAUCCUGGCCCGUAUGA